CACCAAUCCAAGGAGGCGAAGAUGUCGGCUCGGUCAUGUGAUCAGCUGUGUCCAAUCACAGCUGAUCACCAGUGUGCCCUGAUGAUCUGUGUAGCCCCAGCAGCGCCCCUGUGCUCAUCCAUGCCUCCUGCCAGUGCCACAUUUCAGUGCCACAUCAAUGCCACAUAUCAGUGCCCAUCUGAGCUGCCAGUCAGUGUCACCCAUCAAUGCCAGUCAGUGCCACCUAUCAGUGCCUAUCAGUGCCGCUUAUCAGUGCCCGUCAGUGCUGCCUAUCAGUGCCGCCUAUCAGUGCCGCCUAACAGUGCCAAACAGUGCCGCCUAUCAGGGCCAUAUAUGAGU